AAUGUGCUCUCCCACUCCAGAAAAAAAAUUAUAUCAAACCAAGCCAAAAAUAAAUAAAUUACUUCCCAAACGAGCUGUCCUUAUAUGAGCUUGGUGACAUACAGAAAAUAUCCAAAACUAUUAAUUAUUUUCCAUAUCUUAUAAACUUCAUUUAUAUAUAUUAUAAUCUUCUAACAUUGAAUAAAUUGGAUCUAAAUUCAUCUUCUUCAAUGGAGCAAAAGAAUUCACACCCAAAGUGGGAAGCUAAAGUGUCAACAAGGUUACAAAAGGCAAGCGCAAAUCAAAUAUUUUCUCUUUUCAAAGAUUUUUUUGGCCUAAACAAAUGGUUUCCUAGCUUGUCAACAUGUUAUGGCAUCCAUGGUGAAAAUGGCAAGGUCGGUUGCAUACGAUACUGUACCGGAUUCUCCCUCCCUCCGGAGAGUGGUGGUGUCGCCACCGGAGAAGCCCCAGUGAGCGGUUGGUCCAAGGAGAGGCUGGUGGCUAUUGAUCCAAUUGAGAGGAUAUUAAGUUAUGAGAUGGUGGAUUGUAACAUUGGGUUCAAGUCAUACUUUUCGACGGUCAGGAUUGUCCCAAAUGAAGUUGAUGGUCAAGAUGGAUGUGUGAUCGAGUGGUUUAUCACUGUUGAUCCAGUUAAAGGGGUGAGAUUGGAGGAUUUGGUCAAUAAGUAUGAUGUUGGCCUGCAGAGAAUGGCUAAGAACAUGGAAAAUGCCCUAACAAGUUCAUAAGUUUUUAUAUUUGUGAUUUCUUGUUUUAUUUUUUCCUAUGUCAUCUAUAGAUAAUAAGUGAAUUCUACUAAAUAAAUGCACCAAUUAAUAGACAUCGUGUAGAAGUACAAUUAAAUUGUGUGGAUACAAUAAUUCCAUUAAGAUUAUUGGCAAAACUAAAUUUCUGAAAUUUUAAUAGACAU